GACGACUGUUUCGCAGCUGCUUUCUCUCUCUCGCUCACACACCUCUCUGCUCGACAAAUCACUUUUUCCAUGUCUUCCAUUUAUAAUACUUCACAUUCACCAGUCAAAGGACGAGGUCGCGGUAUACCCCCACAACGACACGGCCCAAUGGGCAUGCCUGGUCAACGGCCUCCCAUGCGACGACCCAUGACACAACAACAACAGCAACAACAAGCAGCUGCACUCAACAUUCCAUACAAUGAUUUUCAACUAAUGUCAUGCAAACGUCGAGGAAAGAAUCAUGUGAUGGAUUUCAAAACAGCUAAAAAGGUUGAUUUCAACAACUUUGCACGUCCCGUAAAAUUACAACGUAAAGAAGGCAAUCAAAUGUACAACCGGUUUGCAAACAGAGGAUCGCCAAGUAAUUCAGCAACAGCACAAGCAGCAACAGGCGGGACAGCAGGAGCAAAUGCUUCAAAUGCAGCGAGUCCCAGUACCAGCAAUGUCAAUAGCAGUAAUGGAACACCCAAUGGGGAAGCAAGUGGUUCACAAACUCCCCAACAACAACAGCAUCAGCACGGACCUAAGACUGGUGCGGACACGUCAUUGAUCGCUCCACUUGGAGGCGCUACCCGCAACAAACAAAUGUUGUUCAAGAAACGUACAAAGCAAAUCUACCUUGCAAAAGAAGAUACCAGACAAUUAAAGGAAGAGGAGCACAAGCCAUGGAUUUUGGAGGAUUAUGAUGGCCAGAACAGUUUCACCGGUACAUAUGAAGGUGGUCAGCGAUCCGAUUACGUGUUUUUUGUUGUGUCGGGUAACGACUUCAAAGUCGUUCCAGUGGAUCGUUGGUACAAAUUCCAGGCCAAGCGAAACUUUCGUACAUUCACACUAGAAGAGGCAGAAGAGCAGCUUAAAAGUCAACAAAAGCGUGAACAAAACCGAUGGAUGAUGUUGAAGCGCAAUAAAGCUAUUGCUGAUGAUGAAGACGAGGCCAAGGUGUCUACCAAAGUCAAACGACGUGCAUCUGACGACGAAGACGAGUCGGGUCGACAAAAAAGUCGACAUGAUUCAGACAUCGAUGAUCUCGAUUUCGACGAUGUCUUCCAGGACGAUGAAGAAGGAGGUGCUGAACAUGAAGCAGAGGACGAAGAUGUGAAAGAUAGCAAGGAACGCCUGAAACGCGAAACAAAGGGAUAUACAUUAGGUGGAGAAGACGAUGACGAUGAUCAGCAAGAUACAGAGGAUCUUAACAAGCUUACUUCGGAAGGAAAGCAAAUGAAAAAACUGGUUCGAAAUCUCGAAAAGAACCGCGCAUACGAUAGUGAUGAAGAAGGCGAUCCGUAUGCUAGCAGCGAGGACGAAGUUGAUUCUGAAGCCGAGAAGGAAGAAUCCAAGUCUGACGCAGAAGGGUCACAAAAGGAUCAACAGCAAAAGGAUCAAAAGAAAACCACACCAGCAAAGAAAAAGGGACCUGUACCUGGCAGCAAAGCUGGUUUACACAAGAAAGGGCUGGCCGCCAAGGUCAAGAAAGAAGGAUUAUCAAAACCUAUUGGUCGACCUGGCUCGCCGUCUAUGCAACAGGUCAAACAACAUGCAAAAUCACCUUCACCGCCACCGCCUCGACAAGCAUCGCCUAGUGCCAAAGCUGCGGUUCAUUCUAGUCGAGAAGCAAGUCCAGUGUCGGCGGCAUCAUCGGCAGCAAGCACAAAGAAGCGUAAGCUCGAGGAUGGUGCGAAUAGUCCUGAUGGCAAACAUCAUCGUAGUCAUCAACAUCACCGACCCACUGCAACGUCUCCUGGUGGACCAGCGUCCUCAACAACGGCUGGCGGUGGUUCUGCAGAUGAUUUGAUUACUGAGGAAGAAGUGAUUGCAACGCUCCGUGGCAAGCGAAUGACUACCAAGGAAUUCUUGAUGCAUUUCCGCAAGCGUAUUAAGAAGAAUGCUAGUAACCGUGAUAUCAUUACUGGUCUCUUGAAGAAGGUUGCAAGACAUAACACUACCGAUGAUCCUAAUACGCGUGUGCUGGAACUUCGUCCCGAAUUGCAUUAAAAAAGAGAUAUUCUCCCUCCCAGAAAAAGGAGUUGGAAAAAUGCUUAAGUUGAUUAUUCCAUGGUAUAUAUUUUUUACGCUUUUUAAUAAUAAAAGGUGCGGAGAAGAAAGAAGAUUAAAGGAGAGGGU